AUGUCUUCGGUCGAAGGAUUGACCCAGCUUUUUAGCAGCGUGGGCUUUGAAGAGCCUAAAGUGAAAGAAAUUGUGAAGAACAAGAAGGUUUCCGGGUCUUUGGAGUCUCUUAUCAGGGACUGCCCUCCAAAUUACAAAUGGGACAAAAGUUCGAGAUCACUAAUGCACACAUUGGCUUCGCAAAUCAAGGGCCAGGAUUUGCCUAACCAAAAGAUUAUUGUUGAUGAGAUUUUGAACGGAGACUUGAAGACUCCCUUACAGGUUGAUGCUGCUUACAAGUACCUAAUGAGGACCGGAGAUGAGGCCUCUGAAGAGGAGUUGAAGAAGGAAUCAGGUGUUGGCGUGGUUAUCACCGAGGCUCAAGUGGAAGAGCGUGUGUUCAAAUACAUGGAAGAUAACAAGGAGAAGAUUAUUGCUGAGAGAUAUAAGAUAGUUCCAGGCCUGUUUGCUGUAAUCAAAAACCUGCCUGAGUUGAAGUGGGCUGAACCUCGUUUGUUCAAACCUAUCAUUGACAAAGAAGUGUUGAGACUUUUGGGUCCUAAAGAUGAAAGAGAUGUGGUCAAAAAAGAGAAGAAAAAGGGCAAAGCCAAAGAUACUAAGGAUACCUCGAAGACUAGUACUCAAGCUCCUAAGAGAACCAUGUUCAGUGAGGGUUUCUUGGGUGAUCUUCACAAGGUUGGUGAAAACCCACAAGCCUAUCCAGAGUUGAUGAAGGAACACUUGAAGGUCACAGGAGGUAAAGUGCGCACUAGAUUUCCUCCUGAGCCAAAUGGUUACUUACAUAUCGGCCACUCGAAAGCUAUCAUGGUAAACUUUGGCUAUGCGAAAUACCAUGACGGUGUCUGCUAUUUGAGAUUUGACGAUACUAACCCUGAAGCAGAAGCACCUGAGUACUUUGAAUCCAUCAAAAGAAUGGUUUCUUGGCUAGGUUUCAAACCCUGGAAAAUUACAUACUCUUCGGAUUAUUUCGACAAGCUUUAUGAACUUGCUGAGGUAUUAAUUAACAAUGGAAAGGCCUACGUUUGCCAUUGUACUGCUGAGCAAAUCAAGCGGGGUCGUGGUAUCAAAGAGGAUGGUACCCCUGGUGGAGAAAGAACUGCCUGCAAAGAUCGUGAUAGACCAAUUGAAGAAAACUUGGCAGAGUUCAGAAAGAUGAGAGAUGGAUUCUAUAAGCCAGGUGAGGCAACAUUGAGAAUGAAACAAGAUCUCACUUCUCCUUCUCCUCAAAUGUGGGAUUUGAUUGCUUACAGAGUUUUGAACGCGCCUCAUCCAAGAACUGGUGACAAAUGGAAAAUCUACCCAACUUACGACUUUACCCACUGUUUAGUUGAUUCUUUUGAGAAUAUCACACAUUCUUUGUGUACCACUGAAUUUUACUUGUCGCGUGAGAGUUACGAGUGGUUAUGUGAUCAAGUCCAUGUGUUUAGACCCGCACAAAGAGAGUACGGUAGAUUAAAUAUUACCGGUACAGUUUUGUCCAAGAGGCGUAUUGCACAAUUGGUUAACGAGAAAUUUGUAAGAGGAUGGGACGAUCCAAGACUAUUCACGCUGGAAGCCAUCCGUAGACGCGGUGUUCCACCAGGAUCUAUUCUUUCCUUCAUCAACACAUUGGGUGUCACCACUAGUACUACGAAUAUUCAAGUUGUGAGAUUUGAAUCUGCAAUCAGAAAAUACUUGGAAGACACAACUGCUAGAUUGAUGUUUGUAUUGGAUCCUGUGGAGGUCGUAGUGGACAACUUGCCUGAAGAUUAUGAAGAGUUGGUCACAAUUCCUUACAGACCUGGAACUCCAGAGUUCGGUGAUAGAACUGUUCCCUUCACCAAGAGAUUUUACAUCGAAAGAGGUGAUUUUUCAGAGCGUGCAGAUGAUCCUGAGUUCUUCAGACUAACUCCUUCUCAAGGCGUGGGCUUAAUCAAAGUUCCAUACACCGUUUCCUUCCAAUCAUUGGAAAAGGACACGAAUGGGAAGAUCACAAGAAUUCAUGUCAAGUACGAUAACGAUGAAGAAAAGCCCAAGAAACCAAAGACUUACAUUCAAUGGGUCCCAAUCUCUUCCAAAUAUAGCUCGCCUAUUAGAGUUGCUGAGACCAGAGUUUACAACCAGCUGUUCAAAUCUGAAAAUCCCUCUUCUAAUCCAGAUGGCUUCCUGGCUGACAUUAAUCCUGACAGCGAGCUUGUUCACAAGAAUUCGGUCAUUGAGCAUAACUUCAACUACGUAAUCAAGAACUCCCCAUGGGUCGUUGACAGUGCAAAGGCAUCGGAGUUUUAUGUUGAGGAGGAGCCCGACAGAAAGGAGGUUUGUAGGUUCCAAGCUAUGAGAGUUGGUUACUUCACUCUGGACAAAGACAGCGAAGCAAAUAACAUUGUCCUCAACAGAAUUGUCAGCUUAAAGGAAAGCACUAAAUGA